GUUAGACACACUCGCCUAAUCCUCACGUCAAUUUUCGACACCACCACCAGCAGAAAUGGCCCUCCGCGCUGUCUCCGCCAAGAGCGCUGUGCGCCCCACCGUGGCCCGCGCCUCCGUCAAGCCGGUGGCUGCCCUGAAGCCCGCCCAGAAGAUGGCUCUGGCUGGCGCUGCCUCGGUUGCCCUGCUGGCUGCCUCCAGCUCCUCGGCUGAGGCUUCCCAGGUGAUCGCCACCGUGGCCUCCGCUGCCCAGGGCUACCCCUUCGUGCCCCCCUCGUGGGCUCCCUCGGUCUUCGUGCCCCUGACCGGCCUGGUGCUGCCCGCCAUCGCCAUGGCCACCCUGUUCGUGUACAUUGAGAAGGAGGCCCCCUCCUCGUAAGCGCCUCGCCAUGGUGCUUGCCGCCCCGUUGUGGAGCCGCCUGGCGUGCAGCCAGCGGCCCUGUGGCGCCGGCGUCUUGGAAUGUAGAUGUGAUGUGUACAGCUAGGGAGGGAGCUGGCGGCCUCUGGCGGCCGCUCUGAGCGCGAAGGGAGGUGUUGAUGAGGGUGAAGCAUGCGGUGGCGGCGGCUGGAAGGGCCGCGCAGCACGGCUUGUGUGUAUUUCCUCCGUCCCUGGCCCCCGCACACCGGUCACGUUUCGCUGAAGUCCGGCGCGCGCGGGUGCACAGCCCGGCGUGUCUUUCGGGGGCGCUGUGUUCUGGACGGGUCCCGGCGCCCUCGAGUGGGCAUUUUGGAGCACCUGAAGGCCUCAGGAUUAGCGCAGGCGGCAGGGCGUGUGUCGGUGUGGGCGGUGGGCAGGGCGGCGGUUCCAAGAGAAGAGACAAAGUUUAUUGCGGCCGGUUCCGCGGCCAAUGUUUUAGUGUAAACAAGGACCCGUCAUGAUGUAUUUGCUACAAUACGCACUCGGCAUCAAACCUUGAAGUACUGUGGUGACAAGCAACUCCGGACGAACAACCACUUACAUCGGGACUACG